GGCUAUUUAGGAGCUCUGGUUUAACUGAUUUACCAUAUUUGGGUAAUAAUUCAUGUUAAACUGGGCGGCAUGAUGAUGGUAACCUUGAUGGCGUUCUGAGUUUAGAAUUGCAAUUAUGAUCUCUCACAACGUUUGCGAUAGAAUCGUCUGGGUAUUGAAAACAACACAAAGAACAUUUGUAAUAAAUUAGAAAAAAAUCAGCAUUGAGAGUAGUUUGAAAUGCAACCUGUCCCGCCCAUAAAAAAAAUUAGGGUUGGACUUAAAAGGAACUUGGACCGCCCAGCUCAGAUAAACUGAACGUUUCUUUCUCCUUAAAUCUACUUGAUUUUGUAAUUCAUCCGGAAUUUGUGAGAAUGGCAGGCAAUGUGAAAAGGUUUUACGACCUGACAGCUAAGAUGCUGUCUGGAAAAAGCUUUAGUUUUUCUGCCCUGAAGGACAAAGUUGUUCUCAUUGAGAAUGUGGCGUCUCUUUGAGGAACAACAACCAGGGACUACACUCAGAUGAACGAGCUCAACAGGCGGUACUCUGCAAAGGGACUUGUUAUUCUGGGUGUGCCCUGUAAUCAGUUUGGACAUCAGGAGAACUGCAAGAAUGAUGAAAUUCUAAGGUCUCUGAAGUAUAUCCGUCCAGGCGAUGGAUUUGAACCUAAUUUCCAGCUCCUUGAAAAGGUGGAUGUGAAUGGAAAGGAUGCCCAUCCCUUGUUUGUAUAUCUGAAGGAAAAGCUUCCAUUUCCCUGUGAUGAUGCCAUGGCCCUUAUGACCGACCCAAAGUUAAUAAUUUGGAGUCCUGUUAGUAGGAAUGACGUCUCCUGGAACUUUGAGAAGUUCCUGGUUGGCCCUGAUGGAGAGCCUCACAAGCGUUACGGCAGAAAUUUCCUUACCAUUGACAUUGAGACAGAUAUUAAAAAGCUACUUAAGAGGGUCAAUUAAAGUUUGUUACAACUCACAGACCAGCCUGGUCAAAAAGAUUAAUCAGUACACAUCUGUUUGUUUUGGGUAUUUCAUCAUGUUUUUCCACCUUCCUAGUUGAAGACAAUUGUAAUCGCAUGCACCCCUAAAUGUGUGGUACUGUGCAGUGCACUAUGGUAGUUCAGCCUCUUUACUCAAUGAAGACACUCUUUUAAACAAGUUUUGUGGGGAGUUUCUGAUGAACAUGUAAAAUACUGAUUGCCUGACUGUAUAACUCACAUGACCAUUAUCUUCAUUGGGUUGUAUUAAAAAAAAAUGUAAUGCCAUUUCUGUAUAGGCCUACUGUAUGCAGAGCUGCAAAAUAAAAAUAUGGUGGCC